AUGGGGCCGGGUGGGUGGUGGGGCAGCAUCUGCCAUCUGCUCAGACCGCCGGGGGACACCGAGGUUCUGUUCUGUGCGAGGCUCCGGGGCGACACCUGUCAACAUGACGGACCAGCAGGCUGAGGCCCGAUCCUACCUCAGCGAGGAAAUGAUUGCGGAGUUCAAGGCCGCCUUCGACAUGUUUGACGCCGACGGGGGUGGGGACAUCAGCACCAAGGAGUUGGGGACAGUCAUGAGGAUGCUGGGCCAGACGCCCACCAAGGAAGAGCUGGACGCCAUCAUAGAGGAGGUGGACGAGGAUGGCAGCGGAACCAUCGACUUCGAGGAGUUCUUGGUGAUGAUGGUGAGGCAGAUGAAGGAGGACGCCAAGGGGAAGUCGGAGGAGGAGCUGGCCGAGUGCUUCCGCAUCUUUGACAGGAAUGCCGAUGGGUUCCUGGAUGCGGAGGAGCUGGUGGAGAUCUUCCAGCUCUCCGGGGAGAGCGUCACAGAAGAGGAGAUCCAGGAGCUCAUGAGGGACGGAGACAAAAACAACGACGGGCGGAUCGAUUUUGACGAGUUCCUCAAGAUGAUGGAAGGUGUGCAGUAAAGCAUCGAGACAUUCCUGCGAGACCGGCCGGCGGGAGUGGCAGCUGCCCCCAGCCCUGCCGAGCACCCCAGGCCCAUGCUCCUGUGCCCGCUUGCUCUGCACAGCUCAGACACGCCCCUCCAGCCGAACCCCGGACCCCGUCGCCCCCCAUCGCUGUGAAAGCCUCUUUCUAACACUGACACCUCAAUAAAGAGCACAAGGGACUGUGGAAAAG